AGCCCGCGCCGGCCAGAAGGGGCUGUUUGCCUCUGCCGCGGCCUCGGUCGUGGGCGCCGCACGGCGCCCAGCCCGACUCGGAUGCAACAUAAUCGGGUGAGCCAUGUUCAAGAACACGUACCAGUCCGGUUUCUUGUCCGUCCUGUACUCGAUCGGAAGCAAGCCUCUGCAAAUCUGGGACAAGAAGGUCCGCAACGGGCACAUCAAGCGCCUCACGGAUGCCGACAUCCAGUCCAGCGUGCUCGAGAUCAUGGGCACGAAUGUGAGCACCACGUUUAUCGAAUGCCCCGCUGACCCGAAGCAAACACUCGGGAUCAAGCUGCCAUUCCUAGUGAUGAUCAUCAAGAAUCUGAAGAAGUACUUCACCUUCGAGGUCACCGUGCUCGACGACAAGGAAGUGAGGCGCCGCUUCCGCGCGUCGAACUACCAGAGCACCACCCGCGUGAAGCCCUUCAUCUGCACCAUGCCGAUGCGCUUGGACGAGGGCUGGAACCAGAUCCAGUUCAACCUAUCGGACUUCACCCGGCGCGCGUAUGGCACGAACUACAUCGAGACCCUCCGCCUGCAGCUGCACGCGAAUUGCCGAAUCCGCAGGAUCUACUUCUCCGACAGGCUCUACAGCGAGGAGGAGCUGCCCCCGGAGUUCAAGCUCUUCCUGCCCGUGGCCAAGAAGGGCGGAGCGGACACGGCGGCCGCGGGGGCGACGGCGGCCGCGUGAGAGCCCUCCGGCCCGGCGUGCCCCGGCCCCCUCCCUCCGCCUGCGGACCGCCGAAACCUGCGCGGUCUGAGCUGGCGGCCGAGGGGGGCUCACGGCCUGGGGGCGCCGGCUCCGCGUGUCGCGCCGCUGGCCCGACACAACGCGGGCUCUGGCCCACGGCGCUCUCCGGCGCGCCGCGCCGGCCACGCCCGCGUGCCCGGGCGUCGGGCGCCCCGAGCGUCUCGAAGCCUCUCGCCCCGCGAAGCGGAGCGGCACGCCGUCGGCUUGCAGGGCGCAGCGCGUCGCCAGGGUCUCUGGAUCCAGGGCCGCCGCCGCGACACGAUCCGUCAGAGUUCUCGGCCGCAGACCGGGGGCGUAGCCUGCCGGCCUCCGCCUUUCGGCCGUGCCGACUGCUGCUCGCCGUGCUGCUCUCAGAGGAGGAGGGAAAGAAUGCCGAUGC